UUGAUUUCUUUCGAUCAUGUGGCUUUAUUUACAUUUAACAGUUCGACUCCACGAAUGAUGUACAAUAUAAAAUUAAUUCUAAUCGAAUUAAAAUAAAUCUUAAAUUUAUGUAUUAAUAUUAAUUUAAAUAUUCAUAGCAAUAAGUUUAAAUUAUUUUUCAUUUUAAAAAAUUUAUUAUAAUGGUUCGUUUUCAAACUAUGACACCACAAGAAUAUAAAACAAAUCAUCGAAAUUUCAAGAUAAUUUAUGGUUUUUAUCCUACACCUUUUGGAAAUUGUUUAAUUGGCAUUACCAGUACUGAUAAUGCUAUUAUAUAUCUAGGAUUUGUCGACAAAAGUAACAAAGAAGCGUUAACUGAAUUAAAAAGCAAUUGGCCUUUUUCCGAAUUGAUUAAGAACAUUGGAAAUGAAAUAAAUGAAAUUAUAGAAAAAAUUUUUUUCAAACAAAUAUCUACAAAUGAUUCUAUUUUGGUUCUUAUGAAGGGUACAGAAUUUCAAAUAAAAGUUUGGAAGGCUUUGAUGUUUAUAUCAGAUGGUACAACUAUUACUUAUGAACAAAUUGCACAAAAUAUAGGUAAACCAAAAGCUGUACGUGCUGUUGGAAAUGCUAUAAUGAAAAAUUAUAUUGCAUAUUUAGUGCCAUGUCAUCGUGUAGUAGGAAAAUCUGGUAGUAAUAAAUAUAAAUGGGGAACGAAACGUAAAGAAAAUCUUUUGAUACAUGAACGUAAAUAUAUAAACAUUUGAAGUUAUUUUACGCUAUGUACUUUUUUUCAUAAAUUUUGUUAGAUAAUAUUUAUUUUGCAAUAAGUAUAUAAAUUUUU